GGCAUUGGACUGCGGCUGGGGACGCGGCCGGCGAGAGGCGCGCGCAGCGACCGUCCGAAGGCCGGCGCUCAGUCUAAGCGCCCCUGGGCCUCCCCUCCCCCGAGACGCCGCCGGACCCUCCUCCCGCGCUGCGGACACACACCCCGCCUCGGCUCCUCCGCCUCCCCGCGCUCCCGCCGGCGGCCGGGCCAGCCCCGGCGUGGCGCGGCUCCCGCCACGAUGAGUGGCUCCUUCGAUCGCAAGCUCAGCAGCAUCCUCACCGACAUCUCCAGCUCGCUGAGCUGCCAUGCGGGCUCCAAGGACUCGCCCACCCUGCCCGAGUCGUCCGUCACCGACCUGGGCUACUACAGUGCCCCCCAGCACGACUACUACUCGGGCCAGCCCUACGGCCAGACGGUGAACCCCUACACCUACCACCCCCAGUUCAACCUCAACGGGCUCGCGAGCACGGGCGCCUACUCGCCCAAGUCGGAAUAUACCUACGGGACCUCCUACCGGCAGUACGGAGGGUACCGGGAGCAGCCGCUGCCCGCCCAGGACCCAGUGUCGGUGAAAGAGGAGCCGGAAGCCGAGGUGCGCAUGGUGAACGGGAAGCCCAAGAAGGUCCGCAAGCCGCGCACCAUCUACUCCAGCUACCAGCUGGCCGCCCUGCAGCGCCGCUUCCAGAAGGCCCAGUACCUGGCGCUGCCCGAGCGCGCCGAGCUGGCCGCGCAGCUGGGCCUCACGCAGACACAGGUGAAAAUCUGGUUUCAGAACCGCCGCUCCAAAUUCAAGAAGCUCUACAAGAACGGGGAGGUGCCCCUGGAGCACAGCCCCAACAACAGCGACUCCAUGGCCUGCAACUCGCCUCCGUCACCCGCCCUCUGGGACACCUCCUCCCACUCCACUCCGGCCCCUGCCCGAAGCCAGCUGCCCCCGCCGCUCCCGUACAGCGCCUCCCCCAGCUACCUGGACGACCCCACCAACUCCUGGUACCACGCACAGAACCUGAGCGGACCCCACUUACAGCAGCAGCCGCCUCAGCCGGCCACCCUGCACCAUGCCUCGCCGGGGCCCCCGCCCAACCCUGGGGCUGUGUACUGAGCACCCACCUGGCCUGAACCUCCCACGAAGGACUCCCGGGACCAGACAGAAGGCGUCUCUGUCCUCACCGACACUCAGGAAUCAUCGAGGAGCACCGGGGAAAGGGAACGCCCCUUCCCCUGCCCUUGUCCCUUCCUCCAGGGACCCAAGAGCUCCAGAUGAAAUUUGCAUGGGCCACGGAUGUCCCCUGAACCUCUGUCCCCCUGCCUAGACACUGGGGUACCCUUCCAGAUGCUGGGACACCCCACUCCAGCCGGGACAGGUGUUCUCCUUCUGUCCCAGGGGCCUGGAUUGGCUUUACGUGGCUUGUCACCUUGCCGCCUCUAACACUUAGUACUUGUUUCCCAGACUGGAGACCGUGGGGCUGGGGGACUGGGGAGUGUUUGCCGGUCGGGCCUGGUCUGGGACACCAGGCAUUGUGGGUGCCGGGGCCUGCCAGGCCUGGUUCCUCCUACGUGAACUGUGGCCCCCUCUUCCUGACCAUCCCCGCUGCCAAAGAGACAUUGAACGUGGAGACUGGGACUCAGGGUGGGACCCCAGCCAGCCCCCGCCCUGCAUUUGCAGCCCUCGUUUAGGAUUUGAGGGUCAAAGCAAGGAAAGUGGAGGGGGAUAUUUUAAUAUUUGGGGCGUCAGAGGGAAGAACUCCAGGAGUCAUCUCCCUCCUCUCCCCGCUCUGGUCGGAGAGGAGCGGUGGGUCUUAGAAGUCUUUCCUAAGGACCCAUUUCUUCUUCUGUGUACAGGACUUUGCACAACUUUGGUUUUAAAAGCUGUUGAAAAUAGGAAAACAAAGGGCAUUGUUAACAGAUAGGAUCAAUCUCCCCUCGGUAGGCACCUCUGCUCUGCCCUCCCCAUCCUCUCCCCCCACCUCUUCCUCUCCCCCCACCCCACCUCCUCUUCUUCUCCAGUAAGCUGGCAGUUUUGGUGCCAAACCCCAAGUCUCCAAGGAGACAUACCAGGCAAGACAAACCCCAAAACACCCCCUUUCCGGUGGCCUUGGAAACGGAGUGCAUGGGGUGAGGUGCACAGGAGGGGGGUAGUUGUAGCUUGGUGCCUUGCGGGGUGAAGGGGUGGCUAUCGGAGGGCUGGUGGCACUGCCCCUCCUGGCUGAGACAUCUCCCCAGAGCUAACUUUCCUCCACCCCUGAUGUGGUCAACCCUUGCAGAAGAGGAGAGGUAGAAGACUGUAGCUAUAUAUAUAUAUAUAGUCUGUAUUUUUCUAAGAGCAACAGAAAGAAGCUGCCUCCUCCCUGUGUGGUUUCCUAUUUAUGUGUCCCUUUCCUCCUGGAUGUACCUGCCUGUGCAUUGUGAGCUGAGAGACACAGGGCUGGGCUCUGGCUGGAUUGGGGUUCGGUGGGGGGUGCAGAAAUGAGAAGAGACAUGGUGGAUCUCCAACAGUCCCACCCAGGGGGGCAGGAACGGAGCUAGCUCCCACUCCCAGCCUUCUCAUUUCUGCUUUCUUACUGGACCAUCUUUAUAUGUAAUGUUAAUAAAAAAGAAGGAAAUAACCA